AACAAUAUGGCGGACGCGCCGACGUAAAUCACGAUUUAUACUAAAAACAUACAAAUUUUCCAGCGUAUUCAUAGCACAUCGCAAUGAAGCCACAAGUUCUCUGGUCACCGCACAGUCAAGACAAGUUCAUCACGUACAGCACUGAUAUAUGUUUGUACAGGACUGUCACGGGAAAGGAUGUUGCAUCUAAAGCAGAUGGAAGCAAGAGUCAAGGUAUAGCUUUGUCAGAAGAUUGCAUUGCCUAUCUCUCGUCUGUAAUAAAUGAAGUACAACUGUUAAAGUGUGUUGCUUGGUACCCACAAAGUGAACCUGAUGAUCUGCUAGCCAUAGGACAAUCAAAUGGAAAAGUUAUUGUUACAAGUUUUGCCAGUGAGAAAAUUCAAUCAAACUAUGGACUCAGAAGAGAAUUUGUUCCUAGACAUCCAAGACCAUGUAAUAGUCUUGCUUGGAACCCAGUAACAAGUAAUCGACUUGCAGCUGGACUUGACAAACAAAGAAAUGAUGUUUCCUUGUUGGUAUGGGACAUCAACGUACAACUUACUGUAAGAGAUAUUUCAGGACAAGAAAAACAAAGCCGACAUCCAACAGCCAUAAGUGGAAAGCAGUCACCUAUUAUGGGAUAUGGAGUUCCAGAUUCCUCACUUUCAGGACAUCGACCUUUAGUUGAACUUUCAACUUCAGAGCCAACAAUAUCACUAUCUUGGUUUCCUCAUGAGCCUAAUACUUUGAUUGCUGGUCAGGGACCCAAGUUCCUGAGAGUCUAUGAUAUCCGAGAUACUAGUCAGGCUCAUAGUGCUGCUGUAACUAAGGCUGUCUGUGGAGUAGCRGUUGAUCCUCAUGUUGAAAAUAGAGUGGCCUCAUUCUCAGAGUGUACACAAGGAGUAAGUGUUGUCUGCAUUUGGGAUAUCAGAAACUUUGAAAAGCCAAUGAUGACCUUACCCCAUCAAAAUUCUAUCAAUAACAUAGCAUGGAGUCCAACACGRUUUGGUUUAUUGUCAACAUUGACUAAAGAUAGUUCUGUUGUUCAGCUCUAUGAUAUUCAGCAUGCACAAUGGGGGUCUUCUGGGUACGAUAGCUAUGAACUAGAUGCAGCUGUUAUUGAAAGAACAGCAAAAGCUUCUUUGUCAGAGGUUUCAUCAUUUUGUUGGCAUCCCUCACAAGAGAAUAGAAUGUUAACUAUUUCACCAACAGGUGUCAGUAAGUGGUUGCCUGAUGACAUAAGAAAAAUUACUGAUGAUCCCAAGCUUUUGAAGUUAUGGAAAUGGUUUUAUCAAGCAAAAAGACUCAAGGAGCAAGGAAACAGAAAGAAAGUUCAUUUCUUUGGUGUCAAAAGCGUCAUAAGUGGAGAAAACAAUUCAGGGACAGCUGGAAYGUCAUCUAAAAGUGUUGUAGAUAUGUCACGACAAGAACAGAGAGUCAAAGCAGUCACAUAUAUCAGUGACGAAAGGAAAAUGGCUUUGUCACUCUGUGGAUGGAAUUUCUCUAAUGGUAGUGGACCUUUACAAGACUUUUUAAAAAGACUCCGAGAACGUGGCAUGUAUGAGAGAGCUGCUACCAUUGCUUUGUUUAACAAUGAUAUUCGACAAGCAAUUGAGAUUUUGAGUUCUGCAUCUAAAACAGUAACAUAUGAAUCCAGUAAGCGUUCAUCAGUUUCCAGUACCACACUAAACAUGAUUGCGAUGGCGCUGUCAGGGUAUACUCCAGAAAAAGACGCAUUGUGGCGGGAGAUGUGCAGGAAACUAAGCAUAGAGAUCAGUAGUCCCUAYUUAAGAGCAGCAUUUGUUUUUCUUACAUCAGAAGAUGAGAAUUUCGAUAGUAUUCUGCAAGAACCAAGAAUUGAAGUGGAAGACCGAGUAGCCUUCGCUUGCAAAUUUCUACCUGAUAUUAAACUUACAAAUUUUAUUAAUUCUUUGACCACAAAGAUGAUUGAAACAGGAAAUCUUGAUGGAAUCCUGUUGACAGGUAUAACACCUGAUUGUGUUGAUCUUCUUGAGAAUUAUGUAAACAAGACAACAGAUAUACAAACAGCAAGUUUGCUAAUUGUGAAUUCUACACCAAAUAUUCCCAAUGAUGUUGCUAAUGAUCCUAGAGUCAAAACAUGGAUUGAAAGUUAUAGAAAUUUACUUGAUAUGUGGAGAAUGUGGCAUAAACGAGCGCAGUUUGACAUUCAUCAUUCACUUAGAGAUACUACUCGCAAACCAAUUCAACAAGUCUUUGUAACCUGUACUUUCUGUGGUAAUUCCAUCCUGUCUACAUCAGGAGCACCAGAUUCUAGACCAAGGAAGUAUGCCCAAUAUAGCAAUCCAGCAAAUAGGACAAGGAUGAUGGGGUGUCCAGGAUGUCGUAAGCCUUUGCCACGAUGUUCUCUAUGUUUGGUUCAUAUGGGAACACCUUCAACACAACCACAGAAGACUCCAGCAGUUGAUGCAAAUACAGACAAACCCAAGAAUAUCAGAAGCAUAAAUCCUUUUUCUAAUUGGUUCACCUGGUGCCAGUCUUGCCGACAUGGUGGUCAUGCCCACCACAUUGUUGAUUGGUUCAGGGAACAUUCUGAAUGCCCAGUUACAUCAUGUGGCUGCCAUUGUAUGAAAUUAGAUUCAGUUGCUAUGGCAACUCCAGCAGAGGGUGCUGAUAGUAGCACGUCGUUAUCUCCAAUUAGCAAAGAAAAACAAAAUAUAACUUGAUUACACCUUUGACAGUUAGGAAUAACAAGAAAUUGCUUUAGUGGGAUUGUGCAAACAACGUACUUGWGUGAACAGUGCUAAAUAACCAUGUUUCCUUUCAUGGUACAAUUUCACAGUUAUAUUGUUUUAAAAUCUACAAUCAACACUUGCAAUAGUUAUCUAUAGCAAGGCUCAGCCCCAGCAAUAAGAAAGAAAAACUGAACCUCUGGAACCAGGCUAAUAGAUAAUUUGUCUGUUCUUUGCAUAAUUUCAGUGCAGCAUAAUAAUGAUUUGUAUUGAUUUGUAUAGGAGAGUGAUCGCACUUAAUCCAUGCAACUGUACAAACUAAAUAGUUCUAUUUAGUUGUAUUUAGUAAAUCGUGCAU